UUGAUAUUUGUCAGUAGAGAAAACAUUUGAACCAAAAACAAAACACAAAUCGGUGUGAACGAACGCUUACGAAGGCUUACAUUGAAAAUGGAGGCUGGUUCUGGUACCACACUGGAUAUGGAUGCCGGCACGCCACCGGCAGAGCCGGAGGGAGGUGUGCCGGAGACACCCUUGACGGCCAAGCCCACAAAGCCAUAUCUCAAGAAGUUCAUAGAGCCCGAAUCCGAUGAGGAGCUGGUGGGUGAUCUGCGGCAGCUGUACAAUGUCCACGAGUCCUGGCGCACGCUCCUCUCGCUGCCCAGCUGCCAGAAGGUCAUGGUCUCAGAGAACGCUCAAAAGAAUAUGCACAUCGAGGUGGGUCUCAAUGUCACGCAGGAGUUCCCCUGGAAGCAGGUGACGUUCAAGGAUCUGCGGGACAUUCUCUUCGAGGAGCUGGAGAACGUGAUCGAUCUGAUGAAGCUGUUCAAGAACUUCAAUCAGGACAACUACGUGCUGAUCGGCUUCUGUCCCCUUCUAACCGAGGCCGACGAAGAUCCACCCGAGGGCGAUCCCUUCAUCUUCUUUUCCAACCCCAAGGAUACCAAAACGGCGAUGGGCAUCAUUCAGAAUAUGGAGGCUUUUGAGCGCUGGCGCAUGCAGCGGCGCCUGCGCAAGAAGCCCCGCCGCUGGGUGAGCCAGGGCACCGAGAACGAGAUGACCAUCCUGGUGGAGCACUUCAAGGACGAGCCCAUAGACGUGGAGAUCCAGAGCGUGUACCCCAUCCAGGAGCCCAAGCAUUUGGCCUUUGACUAUCGCAUGGCGAGGGAUGUGCGUGACGGUGUCAUCGAGCUGCUGCCCAAUGAGAAUAUAAAAUUCGAUAAUGUGACACGUCGUCGCAUAACCGUCUCCGUGCAGUCCGCCCCGGCACUGAUACAUCGCGAGCAGCAAACGAAUCCCACUUUCCCCUCGAAUGCCUGGUCGCAGUAUCUCUACGAGAUCGAUGAAGGAGAUCUGGAGCUGGACGAAACCGAUGUGGAGGAGGAAGAGGGUAAGUUGCCAAAGCCCACAAGCCCCGUGGAGCCGGACGAAGAGGUGCCCGUGAAGCCGCCACCCGAAAUGUCUGAGCAAAUCAAGCUGCUGCUCAACACACUCGACUUCAAUCAGAUCGACAGCUAUCGCGAUGACUAUCUGCUCAUCUCGAACAAACAGGUGACGCAGUACACCAAUCAGUACCUGCAGGAGUUCAUUUGCUUUGCGAACAUCUCGAAGAGCAACAAGCGAUUUGUGGCCGGCUAUGACUGGUAUCCGCGUCUCUCUGGACUGAUUGCCGUCUCAUAUGCGUUUAGCACACCGGCCACCAUUAAUGUGGCCACCAAUCAGGUGGACUGGGUGCAGCAGGCGGUCCUCCAGCCGAAUCCUGUGCUGAUGUGGAGCUUUGCGGAUAAUUUGAACUACAAACUGGAGUUUGAGGCGCCCAUCGAGACGACAGCGCUGACAUUCUGUCCCUUCAAUGGCGAUCUGCUGCUGGGCGGCUGCAAGAACGGACAGGUGGUCAUAUGGGAUCUGCAGGGACGCUGCGAGCGGCUGGACGAGGAGGAAUACCUGACGGCCGCCCAGGCCAAGUACCGCACAAUGAUUGGGGACUUUCUCAAUUGGACCAUAGAGCUGGAUGAGGAUGUGGUUAUCGCACCGGCCACCAUAUCGCCGCUGGAGAACUCGCCCAAGGGCGCCAUCACCGGCUUCUAUUGGCUGGGCAAGCAGUUCUACUUGAAUCACUUUGGCAAGGUGUACACCGAUCCGGACACACGCGUCCAGCACAAGUUCUUCAUAACGUGCGCCUUUGAUGGCACCGUCAGCUUCUGGAAUCUGGAGCCGAGCUCCAAGCGGGAGAAGGACAAAAUGCGGACACGUCUGCUGCCCAAGGAGCUGACCCAAAGCGAAUCGCCCAUCAAGGCGCAGAUGGUGAAGCCCACCUACAAUCUGUACUUCAAUGAACCGUUGACCGGCAUCAUAGCGGACACAUCGGUGUUUUCGAUUCGCACACCGCCGCCCAAGAUGAUCAUGGAGAGCCCUGCCAACUAUCCGACGUCGCUGGUGCCCAAGAAUCCGCCCACGCUGCGCCAGUCAAUGAUCGUGUCCACCUUCUAUGGGCACAUUAAUCGCGUCGAAUGGCUGGGCAUGUACACGGAGGCCGAUCCCAAGGAGAUUGUCAACAGUUCGGUGCAAUUUGCGAUGGUGCACGAUGGUCCGGUGGUGUGUGUGCGCAAGAAUCCCUUCUAUCCGGAGCUGUUCGUCUCGAUUGGGCGCACUGUGUUCGCCCUGUGGAAGGAGGACUAUCCCUAUUCGGCGAUCUUCUGGCGGAAGCGACCCUGCGACCUCACCGCCGUCUCCUGGAGCGAAACGCGUCCCGCUGUCCUCUACAUAACCCGCAUCGAUGGCAUACUCGAGGCGUGGGAUAUACUGGCUCGCGACGAUGAUGCCUGUCUGAUUGAGAUACUGGGCGGUGGCAUUAUCACUGGCAUCACCGAGCAUCGACCCUCGCUGCCGUACAAGAUCCUGGGCAUUGGGGACUACAACAGCAGCAUUCGCAUGGUGAAGCUGCCGCACAGCUUCGAUGUGCCGCUGGACAACGAGCUGCAGAAGCUGAUGAACUAUGUGCUGAAGGAGGAGCGUCGCAAGAUUGGCAUACAGGCCUGGGAGCAGAAGUACUACGAGCUCAACAAGGACAUCAUCGAGGCGAAGCGCGAGGCCGAGGAGGAUACGCGCAAGGAGAUGGAGCGCAUCGAGCGGGAGGAGCAGCUGAACAGCCGCAAGCGACAGGCGGAUGCCGAAGAGGAAAACGCUGCAAGCAGCAAACCUACCGCUGGAUUGGCCUACAACGAGCGCAUGGCUGUCCUCUGGGACGAGCUGAAUCUCAAUCGCAUGAUGACCAUUCUGAUGUCACGCAAGCAAAUGGAUCCCGAGAAGCUGGCCCGCGAGACGGCGCUGCAGAAGGAGCAGCUGAGCUACGAGGCAGCCAAAAAGGAGUCGCACGUGAAGCUCCUGUCCACGCUGGACAGCGAGAUCAACACCAUCCGUUCGCGCAUCCUGCCCGCCGAGGUGCCAGACCUGCAGCGCAGCGAAAUGAUCCAGGAGCGCAUUAAGCACGAAAUGGAAAUGGCAGACACGUAUGAGAAGGUGGCCGAGGACUCCUUUGAGAUUCUCAACAUGUUCAACGAGUUCAAGCCCAUCGACUACAUAGAGUUCCUGGAGCGGGGACGGCAGCGUCGCCAGCUGCUCGAUCAGUCGCUGGGCGGCAACACGGAUCGGCUGCUGUGGUACCAGGAGAAGGUGAAAAACAUGGAGAUCUACGAGUGCCAAUUUGGCUAUGAGUUCCUGUACAGCAAUCAACCGGAAUCGGAACGUCCGAGUGAUGUUCCAGCGAUGGCAGAAGCCCUGCAGUCCAACACGGACACAAAGAGUCACACAUCGGAGUAGGUUUCUACUCCUUCUACUCUAUCCUUUGCUGCCCAGAAGUAUUUUAUUGUUCAUAAAUGUUGCUAAUAUUC